GAAAUGGUAUUUUUCCUCCGUCUAACAUCCCCUCGCGCACAUCCCCACACAUGUGAGGGCACUCCAGUUUACGACAGACUUCAAGACCAGCCCUCUGCUGCUCUCGACCAAUCCCGUGGUUUAGCAGGGACGAGCCUUCAGACUCUGCCUCGCAUUUCUACUCUUGUAACCCACUCUCGCAGUCAUGUGACGCUAAUAUAGUACAACUACAGUACUGAGCAACGCGGCAGACUGAAGCAGCGCCACACGGCGUGUCUCAAGGGCAAAUAACGCAUUAGGAAAAAACAGCACCACGCGUAAGGGACUAAAAGUAACAAGAUCGGAACUAAAUCAUUUGGAAUUGUAUAUGGUUUCCUAUUUUGAAGGAAUGCUCUGGAUGUACAAACUCCAAAGUGUAUCUGUACUCUAAGGGAAAACAACGGUCUCGCCAUUCGUUUUCUAUUUUUCUAGUGUCUUUGUAGUGGCAACACUCUUUUUGAAUUCACCCUAGUGGUGUGGCACCACUUACAGGGUGCACCGGAGGAAGGAUCUACUUUUCUUAUAAGAAGAAAGCAAACAAGAGGAUUACAAGUGUAAAGACAUUUGGGCUAAGCCCCUGGGAUGGUGGAUCACUUUGUGUGUAGCGCGGAGCACUUCCUGUCUUACGGUGGCCUCCAUUCGCCCUCGCCGGUGCCAUUUCGCCUGUCGGACAUGGUAACGGACUCGGCAAACUACCAGGUGAUGCCCUCGCCCUUCUCCGAGGAUGACCUCAGCGACUCGUCCAGCCUGCGCUCCUGCUCGUCGCCGGACUCGCAGGUGCUCAGCUCCAGCUGCGGCAGCUCCUCCAGCGCCGAGAGCUCGGACAGCAUCCUGGACUUCCUGCUGUCGCAGACCUCCCUGGGCGGGGGCGGCGGGGGGGCGGUGGGCGACGCGGCGACGCCCAGCGUGAUGCCCAUGUCGCUGUCCAGCCUGCUGUGGGACUCGCGGCGGGAGCCGGUCAAGGAGGAGAGCUUCGACCUGCCCAUCUGGUCGCCGUCGGACAUGGAGGAGUCACCGGCGGAGCCCUUCCACCCCACGCUGGAGGAGAUCGAGGAGUUCCUGGAGGAGAACAUGGACGCGGUGAGCAUGAAGGACGAGCCCAGGGAAGGGGCCACCGCUCUGGGCUUGAGCUUCGAGCUGGACCUGGGCUUCGGCCUCGGGGUGGAGGUGGACGGCGACGAGGCCCUGGCCGGGUCUCUGGCGGCGGACGCCGCCAAGUCUCAGCACCACUCAGACCAAACUGUGCCCACCACAGACGCCAUGGUGGUGACCAACGCCGCCAGCACAGAGACCAAAAUCCCGCAAGAGGGCCAGCUCCAGUCGCCCGACGCCGGCACGCCAACGCAGGACGUUGUGAAGACGGAGGCCCAGAGCAGCCCCGUGUCGGAGGCGGGAGGCAACGGCGGCGUGCCGGUCAUCCUGCAGAUCCAGCCCAUCCAGAUCAAACAGGAGAGCCAAGCUGCGGCCAGCAGCCCCCUGACCACCACCGCCGCCGCCGCCACUGCCCAGGCCAACGCCGCUCCCUCCCCGACCUCCGACAUCAAAAUCGCCCAGCUGCUGGUCAACAUCCAGGGCCAGACCUUCGCCCUGGUGCCGCACCUCCUGCCGUCCUCCCCCACCUCCUCCGCCGCCCCCGCCACCCCCGUCACCUCCGUCACCUCCGUCACGUCCAUCGCCUCCAUCGCCGGCCCCGCGCUCAGCGCCUCCUCCAAGUUCGUGCGCAUCGCGCCCGUCCCCAUCGCCGCCAAGCCCAUGGGCAUCGGCGAGGGCGGGCUGGGCAUGGGCGGCAUCAACGGCGGCCUCCUGGUCGGAGGCGCCCAGAAGUACCAGAAGAACCCCAUGGCGGACCUCAUCAAAAUGCACAAGUGCUCUUUCCCCGGCUGCGGCAAGAUGUACACCAAGAGCAGCCACCUGAAGGCCCACCUCCGCAGGCACACGGGGGAGAAGCCUUUCGCCUGCACCUGGCCCGGCUGCGGAUGGAGGUUCUCUCGUUCCGAUGAGCUCUCUCGGCACAGACGGUCACACUCGGGGGUGAAGCCGUAUCAGUGUCCUGUGUGCGAGAAGAAGUUUGCCCGCAGUGACCACCUGUCAAAGCAUAUCAAAGUGCACCGAUUUCCACGAAGUAGCCGGACAGUCCGCUCCACAAACUGACCCCUGAUACCCUCCCAAUGGACAGAGGCCAGGGAGCAGAGAGAGCACACAGUGUUUCUCCUGUGUGUGUGUGUGUGUGUGUGUAUGUGUGUGUGAUGAUCUUGUACCAAGUUGAAAGUAUACUGGAAAAACAAGCAAGCACACACAAAAUACACUUACAUACACAAAGUCAUGGUGAUUAAUGUUGCUCAAUGUCCAUGUUGGUCUAAUUUUCCUUCGGAAUCGCUUUCAAAUCAUACAAUCAUAGCUAGUAAAAUAAUAUUUUUACAAGAAGAUAUGGGAAAAAGCUUUUUGUAAGAUUCAAGCUUAUAUGUACGACAGCUUUUUUCUAAAAAAAAAAAAAAGAAAAUAGAAAAAAAAUGUUUGAUCACGUUCUUGAAAACUGCCUUGCUAUCAUCAAACGGAGUUGCCGACAGCCUUCCCCAUUGAUACAUUUGAGUGAGUUUUUUUUAAUUACUAUUUUUCAAAUCUGGCUGAGGGCCGUGGAGACUAGCCAAACACUUCUCACACUCAGCACAAUGACUUUAGCCAUGGGAGCAGUUCAGGACCGCUAUUGUUACAUAAGCUACUGAAACAUUAACACACAAGGUGCUCUGCCGUGGAAGGUGAACACAGCCGUUUUCCAAAACACGUUCACGUGCUCCUUGGUACACAACAUUUUACUGUAAGCAGGACUGAACAGCCAUAAUGUCAUGUUCGUUUUGACGGUGCUCCUUUUGAAGUGGUAUUUAGCACAUUGGAGGUGUUCUUCAAUGUUAUCAGGCCGUUUUUCUUCAGAUAACAGGAGGGAAGUGUUCAUAAGCUACGGGGAGCUACGGAAGUUUCCAGUUAUCAGGCACAACAACAAUCAGCUCAUCUUUGCUCAAGAUAGGGCGGGUUAGAAACUGGUGCAGGAUGAAUAUUAGAAAAUAUCAAACGUAACAAAAGAGCUCAACGCGCACAGAUGAGGAUUGUACCUAUUUAAAUGUGGAAACAGGCCUUUAACUCAGUAUUGGAGUGAUAAUAUUUCUGUUUUGCUUUGAAAGCGAUGGUGUCGUAAUGUACUUGUAAGCAUCUCCUGAAACUCAAGCUACAGUGUAUGUUUUCAUGUACUCUCUGGCCUUACCGAACCAUUAUGUCCUUACUGGAGGUUGAUUCUUGGUCCGGGAGAACCAAGAUCAGUUUUUUUUCGUUUUUGUUUUUAAUUCAAACCUGGCACUAAACCAGCAGAAUUGUACUGGUCUUGUUGGGACCAUUGAGGAUUCUCACCCAAGUCAGCAGGACCAUGUCCGGUUUUAAGAUGGGAGGAAGGGUUCAGAGAGUGUACAACUGAAAAAAAAAAUAUUAACACUGACAUGAAAUGACAGCCCCCUUGAAAUGUGUAAAUUCUCUGCAUACAUGGCCAUAGACUUGAAUGUCAUAUUUUUUUGGCUCUGUUUUUGUUAUAAUAUCUCAAUAUUUUGCCUCGAACAAAGCUUAAAUCUGAUUCAGCCUGUUACUGGAAUGUCCACAAGCCUCACUUAGGCUCACUGUGUGGACUUCGCUACCCAUCUGCGAAAGGGAAGAAAAAUCCACCUGCCUAGCUGAGCCGUAGGCAGAUUCUUGCCCUUGCCUGAUAAAAACACACAGUCCUGUUUUGGCCUUGUCAGAUUUGGUUGGCAGUCCUAAAUGAGAGGCAUCGCUCAAGCAUAUGCAGUGUAUGCGAAGAGACUCAUCAAACCAGGGGGACAUACACCAGAUUCAAUGUUCAUCAGGCAUUCCUUCCAGUCAUGUAUUGAAUUUAAUAAAUGCCUGUUAGAAUACAGGUGUUUGUUUGAAAUCACAUCCUAUGAAUGUAUGUAUAUAUGUGGGGGAGUGUACAUAGCUGCAGCAGUCAGAGACAGGAAAGAUCUUUCUUUGAAACUAAAUGUGCAUCUUCAGUCUGUGGUGAAGACCUGUAGUGUAUACCCCAAAUGUGUACAUAACGUAACGUUUCAGUAAUAUGAAUAUAUUAUAUAUUUUUUCUUUGUUCUACACAAAAUGCAUUUACAAAUAAAACCUUGAAAACUA